ACAAAAAGAUAGGACGACAAAAAGCGGCAAGGAAAAAAGUGCGUGUGUGCUGAAAUAUCAAUGGAAAACGAUCCUUUCGUCAGCGGGGGUUCACAUUAAUUCUGGAUUAAACACACGCCCAAACUCCGAUCGUGCUGGGCGAGCAUUGCGCUUUCUACGAAAAUCUAUCAUGAACCCAUACGGUUGUGAGUACGGUUGCCUGUGUGGAGAUCAUAAAUCAACCCGUUUCUAUUUUUCUUCCUGUGUUUAGUGAACAAAUUUUUGCACCAAGCUCUCUUAUGAACGGCGUAACGAAGCGGAUAGCAAGUGAAUAGCGCUACUCCUUCCCUUAUUAUAUCCCUCUCGUUAGACUCCCAGUGUCAUUCGUCUUUUUUUAGACAUCGAUUUGUGCUUAAUAUUACCGGAAACGCUGCAUCAGUGGUCCCGCUGCUGUAUUCCUUUAUUUCUUCGUUGUCGUUUUGAACUCUAGCUUCUUUCUGUUACCUUGCUCAAACUGGAAAGUCCUAGAACAUUAGAGAUCCAGUAUAGAUUUAAACCCAGCACACUACUCUAUAUCGUUAAAACAACGGUCAUUUACUGCAGACCCACCUAGCCUUUGAAGUAUAUUUUCGUACAAGUAAAGAUAAAGCACUUACCAUUCAUAUAUAUAUACACACAUACCCACGUCCAAAUUACACCCAACACACAUACAUAUCGAGAUAAAAAAAAAUUAAACGCGAUGGCUAAUAAAAUGGUCGGGAAGGGUAAAUUGCCGGUUGAAUCGGAAGAUGCGCAAAAGCUAAGAUUUCAGGUUGAGCUAGAGUUCGUGCAAUGUUUGGCCAAUCCGAAUUAUUUGCAUUUUUUAGCGCAACGAGGAUAUUUUAAGGAUGCUGCUUUUGUAAACUACUUAAAAUAUCUGCUGUACUGGAAGGAACCCGAAUACGCGAAAUACCUCAAGUUUCCCAUGUGUCUAUACUUUCUGGAUCUUUUACAAUACGAACACUUCCGGCGUGAAAUCGUAAGUGCACAGUGCUGCAAAUUUAUCGACGAUCAAGCCAUCCUGCUCUGGCAGCAUUACACCCGUCGGCGCACGCGGCUUACGGCACUUGGCACAACCAGCCUUACGGGAUUGGCGGUUGGGGGACAGCCGGUCGGUGGCGGAGUCCAGGGCACGCUGCUAUCGAACGAACCAGCCAUCAUGCCCAACAGUAGUAAUAAUGGUAGCAAUAAUGGAAACACCAUCAGCAACAACGGUGGUGCCAACAGUGGAGUUGGCGGUGUUGGAGGCAUCAGUAGCAACAAUAAUGGUAGCAGCAACAACGGUCCAAGCAGUGGCAACGUGAAUGUGCCAACGUCGAUAGGUCAGCAACAGCAGCAGCAGCAAAACGGUGCCGGAAUUACGCAGCACAACGGUGUAGGUGGAGGAGGAGGGGGAGGUGGCGGUAUGCUGAGUAAUGCAUUGGGGACGAUCGGUAGCGGAAGCGGUAUACCUGGCGGAGGCAUCAAUCAAAAAGUUCCUUAAGCGUAGUGUUCACCAAAUGGUCGACCAAUCGUUAAAAAAUGCAAUGCUAAUAAGCUGCGUUUGCAAAACGUAUAGGGAUGUUGGUUGUAUAAAGACUGUUUUUUUUUAUUAACGAAUAAUACAUAGCGUACCGUGUAGAUCCUAAACAUAACAAUAGACACAAUUAAGUAUAAUCCGA